AUGUGGGUGUUGUGGAUAUUAUGUCUGACUGGAAGUAUUAUCUGUGCCCCUGUGAACAAAGGGCUGGGCUCAAAUGGUGCUGAGACACAACUCCCGUCUCCUUGGUAUACGUUCAGGGGAACGGGGAGUCCUGAACUGGGGAACAGCUCUAAUCAAGCUCCACAACAUACUAGCAGUGGCUCUGUUGGCUACACUAACUACGGAGCACAAGGCCACCCUCGAGUCACCUGGUAUGAGACUCCACCAGUUGGCCCAGAUGGCUAUGUGGCGGGUCAGUAUGGGGCUCUAGCAGUUGGCCCAGAUGGUUAUGUGGUGGGUCAGUAUCAGGCAGCCCCUGUAAAGGUUAACUCUGCACCUGGUACCAACAGUGAGGACAACAAGCCAGUCUUCAGUGACGUGUCUGAUCUGGAGGCCAGUCUACUCCAUAAGCUCUCGUUCACAGCUAUCAGAAAGGAAGAGCAGUCUUUGCCCAAACCCGCUACAUCCCCACAGAAUCUCUUGGUCUAUCUAUGCCACUAUUUCCAUACACCAGCUACAUGUUUGCUCCACAAGGCAAUCCUCAUACUGUAUUCACAACUUUCUAUUGAUCUCUUUGGGACUCAGGAUCUAGUUUUUGAACCUACUGACUUGUCUUUAACUUGCAGGUGUUGUUCUGCUUCACUGCUUAUGAAUGUUAACUGGGUAAUAAAUGCCUUUUUGUUUAAAUCUUUGGUUUUCUCACGCAAAUGAUCAAUUCAGAUGCCU